AUGGAGAAGAUGUUGGUCCAACUAGUGAGAGCCGUUAUGAAAGAUUUGGUGAAUUAUUAUGUAUCCAAUGCCCUUAAAGAAAAUAAAAAAGCAAAGAAAUGUGUUUUCAUGCCCGAAAUUGAAAUGCAAAUUAUUGAUUUACGGGCCGUGCGGGCGGCGGCCGAGCAGACCUCGCAAUGCGGACCCGUAAAAAAGAAAUGCCGAAUAUUUUUUACGGCUCGGCCACCCUCCGCAGGCGGCAAGUCCGCCGAGGGACGGCAGUGGAAGAAAACGCCCCUGGACGAGAUCACCUUUUUCUUUCUUCGUGGGGAAGAAAGAAAAACGAUGCACGAAGAAAGAAGAGCGGUAUCUGGUGGAGAUGCAAACUCCGGCAUGAGCACAAUCAGCAGGGAGCCGGUGCUGUCCAAGACCACCGAGAGGGGGGAGAAUGACAGGCUCGAGUACGCGGUGUCGUCCAUGCAAGGUUACCGUGCCAACAUGGAAGAUGCCCAUGCAGCUGUUGGAGAUCUUGAUAUUUCCACCGCCACAUCGUUCUUUGGUGUUUAUGAUGGCCAUGGAGGACCUGCUGUAUCAAUGUUCUGUGCGAAACACUUCCAUCUUGAGGUCCAGAAGCAUCCACACUUCAAUGACAGUCUGCGUAUUGCGGUGGAGAGCGCGUUCUUCAGAAUGGAUCAGAUGAUGAUGACAGAGGAGGGACGGAGGGAAUUAUUUGAGUAUAGCCCUGCUAAUAAUGCCAAUACGAAUUCGACUGUCAAGGAUAUGUUGCUCGGUUGUGCUUGUGUAAAUGUGAAGAGACGCCCCGGGCCAGCAGACGUAGGAAGUACCGCCUGUGUGGCUCUCAUCAGAGGCAACCAGAUCAUUGUUGGGAAUGCUGGUGAUUGUCGCUGCGUAAUCUCAAGGAACGGUCAGGCAACUGUUUUGACCACCGAUCACAAACCGAGUGUGCCGGCUGAAAGACGGAGAAUAGAGAACGCAGGACGCUCUGUUGUAGUUACUGGAGGAGCAGGUCGCAUCGAUGGUGGAAUCGCGGUCUCCAGAUCGAUCGGUGAUAUGAGGUACAAAAGCAAUAGCCGGCUGACCCCUGCACUACAAGCACUGACUUGUUCUCCUGAGAUUCGCGUAGAGAACAUAACUGAUGAAACUGAGUUCCUUGUUAUGGCAUGUGAUGGAGUCUGGGACGUCGUGCUAAACCAGGGCCUGGUUGAAAUUAUACGAAACAACAUGAAAUCUGGGAUGGACCUUGGGAAGAACUGCGAGGCCAUCCUUGACAUGUGCGUAGAGCCACCGCAACCGUCGGUCGACAACAUGACCAUCCUGCUGGUCCGGUUCAAGCACAAGGCGCCAGCGGCACCUGACCCGUCCAGAGCCGACGACGGGCCGCACGGCAAGCGCAAGAGCAAGGCCUCCAUGGAACUGGGGGUGAUGGACAACCCCAACAAGGCUGCGCCGCCUACUGCAAGCGCGAAAGCAAAGCCCCGCAGAAGCUUCUGA